AGUCCAAGUUCCGUCGCAGUUUGAUGACGUUCAAGGAUGUAAAAUGCGUCGAACAAUGUCGAAGUAAAUUUGCUCAUUGACUAUGUCAUUGUGUUUAGUAAGCGGAUGUUUCAUGUCGCGCAUUACGUAGUAGAUAGCUGAGAAGUUAUAUUAUAAAGACGCUUCAUAUCUUGCUUAUCUGAGCACAUGACCUACCUUCGCAUAGCAUUGUAGCCCAGUUGCAUUGCGCAACAGUGUUGACAGAUGUGUUAGAAGGGAGGCAGUUUUGCGAGUCACAUUUGUCUCGCAUCAAGGUUGAACGCGUUUUAGUUUUUUUCUUAAUGCUGUGUGAGGUAACGUUGGUUUCUUCAAGUAGAUUUUCUUCGAAAGUCGUGGUGCCUGCGAAGCAUUCGCAACAUGUUGAAUAUUCCAACUCAGUCGUUCCCUGCACCCAGUUCCCAACAGCGGGUCGGCCAGUCGGGGAGGACCAAGGUUGCUUUGAAGCCAGGCCACAGUCUUAUGGACUGGAUUCGGUACUCCAAAAGUGGAAAAGAUCUAACCGGGUUGAGGGGGCGUCUUAUUGAGGUUACCCAUGAAGAAUUGCAGAAACACAACACAAGGAAUGACUGCUGGACUUGUAUACGAGGUAUGGUGUAUAAUGUCACUCCCUACAUGGAUUACCACCCUGGUGGAGAAGAUGAGCUGAUGAAGGCAGCAGGCAUCGAUGGCACUGACCUCUUUGACCAGGUCCAUCGGUGGGUCAACUAUGAGUCCAUGUUGAAAGAGUGUCUAGUGGGCAGGAUGGCUACAAAGCCCAACACAGCAAUUAAAGCAAUGAUACCACCACCUCAACCAGUCUUCGCCCCGUCUAACCAAGUGUCUCCUCUGGCCGUCAAAGACUCUCGACCUCGGUACGACUGGUUCCAGACUGCAACAACGGUUCAUCUGGUUAUAUAUACACAAAGGAAGAUACCCAACUCUGGCUGUACCGUAGUUGAUCUUGAGGCUGGUGUACUACGAGUAGAAGUGCUGCUUGGGAAAAUGUCCUUCAUGGUACAUUUACGUCUUUCAGAAAAUGUUGAUGGAGACAUUGGAGUUAACACCGCCUACUCCGUGGGAAAGAUUCAGGUGACCAUUCGCAAGCAGGCAGAAGGAAAAUGGUCAAGUUUCGGUGAACCACUGGAAUUCCACAAUACAUUUUUAAGCAAAAAAGACAGAGCUCUUUUCUUUCGGGAUUGUGUGUUGGUGUCGAAGACUGAGGUGAACCAUAACACGCGUGUGUUUCAGUUGCAACUUCCACGUGGGACUGUCAUGCAUGUGCCUGUUGGGAAACACGUCUACCUCAAAUCCCUCAUUCAAGGCACAGAGGUGGUGCGACCAUACACCCCAGUCGACCAGAGUCUUUCAGUUGGCCCCGAUAGCUCCUCAGAAAAAACGGGCCUAUACCUCAUGGUUAAGGUUUAUCCCGAUGGACUGCUGACUCAACAUCUCAACAGCCUACACAUCGGUGACCAUGUAUCCGUUAGUGGUCCGGAGGGUACCUUCAGUCUCCGCCCACUUCGUGAUACCACAGUCCUCUACCUUUUAGCAGCAGGAACAGGCUUCACUCCAAUGUCUCGUCUCAUCCGAGUGGCCUUACAUGAGAGCUUUGCUAUCAGGAAAAUCCACUUGCUAUUUUUUAACCGGUGCAAAGAGGACAUCCUGUGGCAAAGGGAACUGGAUGAACUAACUGCUCAGGAUGAAAGGUUCCAGGUGGAGCACAUCCUUUCUGAGCCAUGUGAAAGCUGGACUGGCAGGAAGGGCCGCGUGGACGAUACAAUCAUCAAGGAUUUUCUAAGUAGGCCGCAGGGCGCAAAGUGCUAUGUUUGUGUAUGUGGACCCACGCUCUUUACUGAACAAACAAUCAGGUUGGUCAAGCAGCAAGGUUUUAGUGAAGAGGAGAUACACGCCUUCCAGGGCUGACGUGCUCUGCUCUGCUGCAAACCAUGCAAAGACUGAGCAUGCCUUCAAGUGGCAAACAGACUUCACUUUAAUUUAUACCCUGCAUUUACAGUGUGUGUGAGAAGAGGACAUUAUGCACCAAAGUUGUGAUGAUAUACACUCUUUCACUGCCAGCUGCUUUCAGAGCAGCCAACCCCACGUUGCCCAGCCGUUUUAGAGCAUUUAGCCUUUUUUUUCCUCCCCAAGACCUACAGAGUAUUGUUUUCUAAUGAGUAAAAAUAUUUUGGAUGGCAAAUAUGUUCAUUUGUACUUGUGAGUACGUUUGGACAUACUUUCUAAAUUCUAGUACGUCCCAGUAUACUGACACGUAUGUUCAAAUGUAC